UUCCUUUUUUCUCUCUUUUCUGUAUAUUGCAUUGUGUUGAGUUUCAGUGUUUUGAAGCAUGGAAAUAAUCACAAGCUUGGUAGCUGAAAAGCCUGUGGUGAUAUUCAGCAAGAGCACAUGUUGCUUGAGCCAUUCCAUGACAUCACUGAUACGUAGCUUUGGGGCAAACCUUACUGUUCAUGAGCUUGAUGAGAUGGCGAAUGGCCAGCAGAUUGAAAGUGCAUUGCUUCAAAUGGGGUGCCAACCAAGUGUUCCUGCUGUGUUCAUAGGAAAACGACUCAUUGGUGGUUCUAAGAAAAUCAUGAGUCUGCAUCUCAGCAAUGAACUCAUACCACUUCUCAAGAAUGCUGGUGCUAUAUGGAUUUGAUUUCAUCACACAUCCAAGAUCAAUGCUUUAUUACGUUUUAGAGCUCGAUAAGAUGGUUUUGUAGUCAUGAUUAUGUACGUGGUUAAUUACGUUGCUUUACUAAAGUAUAUAUAUAUAUAUAUAUAUAUAUAUAUAUACAUA